CUUACUAUAACCCAGACCAAAACAUCAACAUGGGGAAGAAGAUGAACUUCUCUUUUCUUUCCAAUGCCAAGCACAGCAACAUCGUACAUAAAUCCUCUUGGCAAUGGCUGCCUUCUUGUCACCAGCCCAGAACUCUCUCUUUCAGAGCAGACGACAGCACCUCAGCUUACUUAGAUUCCAUUGCUGAUGAUACUGUUCCAUUAGAGACUGUCAUCCGAGGUUUAAGGUCAGAUAGGCUGUUUUUCGAGCCUGGAGAGACCAGUUCAAUCAUGGAAGAGGCAACAAAAAGGAAUAAGGAAGAAGAAGAUGAUGAUGGUGUUGAUGGGUUGUUGCCUUUUAAAGACAGUACUGUGGUGUUGUCAAUGGAGUCUCCAGAUCCGUACACUGAUUUCAGGGUGUCCAUGGAAGAAAUGGUUGAAGCUGAGGGGUUUAAAGAUUGGGAAGGGCUUGAACAACUAUUGUUUUGGUAUUUGAGAGCCAAUGGAAAAUGCAACCAUGGCUACAUCGUUGCUGCCUUCGUUGAUAUGCUUGUAGCUCGACUCGCCAUUAAUGUUUCUAAUUCAAAAUCUGAUAAUAUCUGUUCACCUUCUUCCCCUUUAUCCUUUUACACUUCUCCUUCGUCGUCUUCCUCUGAGGAUUGUUCUUCAACAACCAUUCCUUGUGUUUGUCCAAUAAAAGUAGAUCAGACGGAGAUGAGUAUUAUUAAAGGUACUGACGAUGAUGAUGCUUCAUCAUCUUUAUUUGUUGUUUGAUUCUUCGUUUU